GACGCUUUGCCAGGGUCAGACCGCCCAUCUGCGGCGGCGCUGGCGGCGGCGGCGGGCGGCGGCGGCGGCGGCGGCGGCGGCGCGCUGGCGCGCGAGGCGGCUGCCCACGGCAUGGGGCUGGAGCAGUACCGCGCGUACCAGGAGGACCUGGCGCUGCAGGAGGCGAUACAGAUGAGCCUUGCGCUGGAGGAGAGCCGGCGCAUGGCAGAAGAGUCUCGCCCCGCCCCCGAGGGUUCGGAUGCCUCCCAGUUCCCCUCCCUGGCCACCCAGCCACUCAAACCCAAGCCCGUCGCCCCCACAGCGUCGCAGCCGGCGCCGCCGCCCCCAGGGCCACGCCCUGGGUCGGGCAACGGCCCGCCGCCGCCGCCGCCGCCGGGCCCCCGCCCCGCAUCGGGCGGCGUGCAGGUGGCGCCGCCGCCGCCGCCGCCCCGGCCGGCAUCUCGCGAAGGGCAGGCGGCGGCGGCGGUGCUGGUGGCAGCUCGCCCGCAGUCUGGCGGGCGCGGCGAGGGCGCGCUGGCCGCCGCGGGCCGCGGCAAGGGCCUGGGCAAAGCCAAGGGCGGCCGCGGCAAGGCCGCGCCUGCGCCGUACCCCGAUGCCGAACCGCAGGAGCCAGCCCCCACGCAGCAGCAGCAGCAGCAGCAGCAGCAGCAGCAGCUUCUGGUGCCGCCGCCGCUGCCGGCAGGCUUCCUGCCCGCCAGGAGCGGCAGCGUUGCCAGCGUUGCCAGCGUUGCCAGCGGGGAGCGCUCCGGGCGGCGCGUCAGGACCGGCUUCCAGGCAUACGCGCCGCCACCUUCCCGCGGCAGCCAGCACGCAGCUGCCUCUGGCCCCGCUGACGUUGAAGGUACCGACGACUUGAGCGCGGCCAACGGCGGGCACGAGGCGCCGCCACCGCAAGCAUCCCACAAAGCUGCAGCCAAGCCUGGCAAGGGCAGGCAGGCCAAGCGCGCCGCCGCGAGGGCCGCGGCAUCUGCCGAGGAGGCAGUCCAGGAGUCGGCGGCGGCCAUGCCACCGCAGCCACACCACGGCUCUGCGGCAGUGGGGCACAGCCAUGCCGACGGCUCUGGCGUCACUCCCGCUGGCAGCCUUGCCGCCGGCGGGCUGCUGCCGCUGCCGCUGCCGCCGCACGCGGAGCAGGCGGCGCCGCAGCAGUACCAUGUGCCGCGGGCGCGGGAGGAGGCGGCGCCGCCGCCUCAGCACUAUGCCUCGAGCGGCGACCACUACCAGCAGCACGCACAGUACCAGGGUGCAGCGCAGUACCAACCUCCGCCUCAAUCCUUUGAGUACCAGGCACAGCCAGCUUCCUCGCAGUACCAGAUGCAGUACCAGCCCCAGCAGCAGCCUGUGGCAGUUCAGUUCCAUGCUGGCCCGCUGCAGCGCUCCCAGGGCCAGCCUCACCAGCAGGCUCAGCAGGCCCCCCAGCAGCCACAGGGACAGUACUACCAGCAGCAGGCCUACAGCGGCCAGCAGGGGCAGGAGCAGCCCCAGUACAGCGGCCAGGAGCGGAACAGCUCCUACAGCCAGCCCCACCAGGCUUACAGCGACCAGCGGUACAGCCAGCAGUACACGUACACCCAGCCCCAGCCCCAGCAGGCGUACGGCGGGCGGCAGGCGCCCCAGCAGGCGUACGGCCAGCAGACGCCGCUGCUGCAGCAGUACACGUACAGCGACCAGCAGUACGGCUACCACCAGCCCGAGGUGGCGGUGGCGGCACACAAGGUGUCACCUGAGGCCGUCUCUGCUGGCAUGCCGCCACCUUCCGAUGGCGGCGCCUACCAGGCGGCCGGCGGCUACGGUUACACCGCCGCGCAGCCCCACACACCCGCCACGCUGCCGCCGGCUCCUGUGCAGCGCGUGCGGUCCACAGGCGGCUACCGCCCGCUGCUGCACGCCAAGGCUGGCAACGCGUACGCCCCCCCGCUGGAGUCGACACAGGCGGGCAACGGCAGUGGCACGACAGUGUCAGGCGGCACUCUGGCGGGCGCCAUGCCUGCUUACCUGUUCCCGUCCUAG